AUGCCAUGCGGCGCGGCGCGGCGGCCGGGGCCCCCCGGAGGACGAGGAGGCGAGGCUGCCGCCGGCCGCCCCGAGCCGCUGUCCACUGCUGAAGCGCCGGCCGAGGGCGCCGCGCUGCCCGCCUGGAUGCGCCUCUACUUCUACGGGAUGCACGGGAUCACCCUGGACGUGCUCGUGUCCUCCGCGCGGCGCUUCGCUCGCAGCCCCGACCCGCGCAUGCUGGGCUUCUCCUCGCCCUACCGCUGCCUGCUGCACUCGCUCACCCACCUCGCCCUGGAGAAGGUCUACCUGCAGAAGCGGCGCUGCCCCAGCGCCUUGGUCUUCCAUUUCCUGCUCUACCCCUCGGCGCACGUGGGGCUGCAGACCCUGGCCGGCCAGGCGCUGCUGCUCAGCCUGGGCGGCGGGCCGGGGAGCGCGGGGGCGCCGGGGGCGCUGGACCUGGCGCUGCAGUACCUGCUGGCGCUCUACCACUCGCAGGUGUUCCUGAAGCGCUUCCUGUGCCUGCGGUACCGGCGGCGGCAGCAGCAGCAGCAGCAGCAGCAGCCACGACUGGGCGCGCCCCCCGCCCCUCCCGGCGCCCGAGCGCCAGCGGCAGCGGGUGGCCGGCGGCGACGACCCCGCGGCCCCAGGGGCACCGAAGGAACCCCCAGCCGGGGCUUGCCGGACCUGCUCCGCUUUCUUUUCUUCGGAAUGCACGGCUUUUUGGAUGAGAUCUUCUUCACCUUCUUCUUCAACGUGCUUGGGCAGGGGGACGGGGCAACCAGCGGCCACACAUCCCUCUGGUCCUUCUUUAUGUACGGCAGCUGCAGCUUCGUGGUGGAGAAGCUCUACUUCCACCUUCACUACAGUCGCGGCUGGAGUACCUGGAAGCGGGUGCCCAUCUACGUGGUCUUCAUCUACGUGUGGGAGUUGUCCUGGGGGCUGGGUCUCCGCACGUGCGGCGCGUGUUCCUGGGACUAUUCUCACUACCCGCUCAACUUCAUGGGUCUCAUCACCCUGAUGUACUUACCUGGUUGGAUAUUCCUUAGUGUGUACCAGGACCUGCUUUCCAACGUCUUGUGGCGGGUGCAGUACUUACCAGCUAACUAAGACCCUCCCUACCCCCCCCCCCCCAAAAGCCUCUGAAUUCCCACCAAACAAUGCAAUUUAUUUUUACACCUUUAAAACGGAGUGGGGUUUUUUUUAGCCUUUUAGUUUUUAUACGUUUUACUAAACUCUUCCAACACGUUUUAUUCGAUCUUUUAGUUUUUCUGACUAUUUGGAACCUAUGCAUAAUACGAUACUUUGAAAUAGUACUCGAAAUAUAACUUAAAGUACUAAACUUGUCAAUAUUUUAAAACCCUUACAAGUCCAACCAACAAAACCAUUAUACCUUAAGAUCGGAAAGCUAUACUAUUCACUUAUUUGGGCGUAGGUGAGUGAUAGCUACUAAUCUUUUUUUUUAAAAGAAUAAAUUCUUCAAACCAGAUACCAUUGAUUUUUACAAGACUUAGCGAAAUUUUCUGAAUUAAUGCUGUGUUUACUCUUUUUAAUUUCACUUUAACUCCUUGCCAUAUCGACCAAUGACCGCUGACACCCAGUGUCUUGUACUCCAGUUAAUAGCUCUUAAAAGUGCCUCCGUCUAGCGCACAAGUAAAAAGAAACUGACGAAUGUGAAAACACAUCCUAUGAAUUGAUUUUUAAACAAAUCUUUUCUAGCAACUCUGACAGGUGACACUGUGUUAUGAUAUUGAUCUCCAUCCUGGAAGUGCUUGCUUUCCAAUGUGGGUUAGCCUUAAAUGCCAAGUGUGUUAACGUUGAUCAGAUCUGUGUUAUCUACGGCUUACGUUUUUGUUACUGUUCAAUAAUGUAAAAUGUUUACCUUACAUGUCCAAGGGCCAAGGGAAAUUAUGCCACCCUCAAUCCUGUUCUAACCCAAGGACCCUUUCUAUGUGGAGCUUCAAGAGUAGAAACCGUUCCUUGGAAUAAAAUCAAGCUGAAUGUUCGCCCUAAUUGCAUUAGGCCUAAUUGUUUUCUGUGGAUACAGGUACGUGUUUUCAGCAUAUUUCUGCCAUGGCUCACCUGUAAACAUUUUUGUUUUUUUCUUUUUGAGCCUACCACAGAGUUCUUGGGGCAAGCCUGAUGUGAAAUGCGCGUUAUAGACCCAUGACAGCUUUUCCGUGACUCGUUAUUAAUGCUAUUAACUUUGGAAGCUCCAAAGUUAAAUGAGGUGAUGUAAACCAUUUUAAGAAAUCAUGUCUAAUCAAUUAAUGUACUUUAAGGUUGUUUGCUGUUUUUUUUAUACUUAGAAAAGACAAGUAGGAUUGAGUAUGGCUCCGCCAAGAAUGACUAAUACCUUCUCAGUUUUCAUUACAAAGAUAAUUAGGAAAACUCGCAGUGUACGAAUGAAUAGUUUCCUAUUCAAAUUAUUAGCUUGCCUCUGCUAUAAAAGGGGACUCCUUUCUGUUCUCAAAAAAAAAAUGUUUGCUAUGGCAGUAAAAAUGAAUAUGUAUUUAGAUUUGAUUAAGUCAGAUGUAAUUGUGAGAAUGUAAUAUUAUUUUAAUCCACUAUCUGAGGUUGUGAGCUAAAUUAUAAGUAAUGCUAUAUAACCACCCUCACCUGUGAAAUGGAUCCUAUCAAACUGAUGUUUCUAGCAGUCAGAACUGAAUAGAAACUGUAUAAAUAAGCCAAAUGUUUGCAGAGAGUAAACAUUUAUGACACUUGGUUAUGGGUAAAAAAUUUCUGAAAACCUGAGGAGAAAAGUAUGUAAGUAUAGACACUAAAGUUAGGCAGAUGCUGAACAAAUACUUGUAAUUCAGAUGUGACACAUGGGCACGAAUCUGAGUUAAGUGUGGCACCACUCUACACGACCUUUCUGUGAAUAUUAAUACUUAACCAAACCCAUGACUUCUAAAUUCUUGCUACAUGUACAUAUUUGCACUUCUGCCCUUCACAUGCUGCUACUCAGCCAUGGUUACCUGUUUACCAGCCUUCUCAGGGACAGAAAUCUGCCAGGAAGUGGAAAUGCUUGCUCUUGUUUGCUUGCCUGUUUUGCUUUUAAUGGUCAUCUUAUUUUAAGGAAAGGUCAAGAUUUUCGUUCAUUUAAUUCAUUCAAGAAAUAGUUACUGAGCACUUGCCUGGACUGCAGAUAUAGCAGUGACCCAAUGCAGAUGCAAUCUCUGUCCUUAGGAACCUCACAUUCUCGUGUUUGGAUUUAUAUGAGAUUAUACUGAUUUUCAAGGCUACUGUUUUAGUAAUAGGCUAUGAGAGGCAGAUGUUAGGAGGCUCUCAUCCGGCCAGUCCCUAGAAUAUCAAUUCAUCCUCUCUAAAACAAAAGCCCUUAACAGUCCCUCUGCUAGUUCUGCAAAGAGCUUGUUGAUAUGUAUUCAGGAAGUGAUAUUAACUGUCUAUUAACUCAGCACCUUGCUUUAAGCUUUCUCAUUCUGUGUUUCCUUAGCUUCUUAAAAGUGGUGUUUUGCUACAACUUUAAACCUUCAAAGUCAAAGCAAAGAAAGGAAAGAAUCAUCCAAUUUUGUUACUCAUUAGUAGUUGAUAUUGAAAUGAUAAGGUAAUAUGAUAAUAGUUAAUAUUUGAGGAGCGCUUGCCACCUUCCAAGAACUGCUGUAUUAUAUGUAUAGAAAAUCUUAAGUAAAUAUAUAUAUAUAUGUCCAUAUAUACCUUAAACGAAUAUAUACGAGUAUAUCAGAUCUAUCUGAAGUAGAUAUAUAUAUAUAUAUAUACAUGUAUAAGUAUAUAUAUAUAAUCUUAAGUAAAUAUAUAUAUAUAUGUCUUAAGGUAAAACAUACAUAUCAUACAGGAUAUGUAUAUAUACAUGCGCACACACCCAUUUACUUAAACCUCUAACAACCUUCCCUUUACAGAUGAGGACAGUGAAACUUAAGUUCAAAGACAUUAAAUAACUGCCUGAGUCAUACAGCUAUUGAGCAUUUAGACUUGAACCCGAGUACCCUGGACCCUGGGGUCUGUUCUUAAUAAACAGUAACACUGCUGUGCCUCUAUCUACUGACCACAGUGACGUGGGGUCUCCUAUGGCUUCGCCUUACAAUCUGUACUGCCCUCCCCUCCCAAUCUCACAGAGGCAAAGAGCUAAGGAAAAGCCAGGCACUAGCAGCAAAAACACUCUUUCAUGUGCCUUCUUAUUCCGUGGAAAAUAACAAGGGAGCUAAUACCAGGCUGCAUAACUGACAAUCAGCCUAGUUCUAAUCCCCAGAUGAUAGUCUUUAUAUUCAAGGGGAGCCCUGAAAUAGAGUUCCUCAUUUGAAGUGAGAUAAUCCUGAGUAUAAGAAUAAUACACCGAAAUGCAAGCCACCUCAUAUCACAAGCCAGGAAAAACACAUGUAAGUAUUGCUAUCCAUUUAAUACAGUGCUCAGAAUGAGAGGCACUGUAAGAGCUAAACAUCCCACAAAUUCAAAGUACACUUUUUUGCUGACACAUUGAUUCUGAAUUCAAUUCAACACCUUAAAGUCUAAGGAAGUUCUUAACAGAAGAAAAACAUGAAAAAAAAGAAGUAACAAGUACGGUUUUUUUCUCCAUGUUUACACUACUGAAAUUUCUUACUAGAUGGGCUUUAAAUUUUAAAUGAAUUUUAUUUGGGCUCUGCAUCUAAAAAGAAAUACAACUUUUUAAGUUUGUAUGUUAACAAUGAAUACAGAGGUUCCCACGUUAUACAAAGACUCCAAUAAUGCUGAUAACCCAUUUCAAUAUUUCAGACACUUCAAGGACUCAGUGUACUUAACUUUGAAAUUUUAAUAUUUGAUAUUUCAUGUUUCAUGUAAACAAAACACAGCUUAGAAAAAUAUGACCUGUCCUUUGUUGUUUAAGAAACAUUUCUAAUAGGUUAAUUCUACCCCCUUUGGGGGAAAAAAAAUUCUACCGUUUUGAAAUAGUCGCUGAUGACAUAAUGGAUCUGGUUCUGUUUAAUCAGGGUGGUGAAAAAGAAUCUUGUUAAACUGCUUUGGUUCUUUUUCUACUUCCAAAAUACAUUUUAAAAAAAGAUCAAUAUCCUUGGAAAGGAAGUUAUACUCAUGAUACAGACUUGAAGUGAUAAAUAAAUCAUUGUAUUGUAAUAUCUAGAAGCAUUUUAAUAAAAUCAAUUCUUACUUAUAUUAAAAGGCAUUAAAACCCUUUACCUUUUUAAUUAAUUUUAAAUAUACUAUGUCCAAUAUAGUUUCCAACAGUGCUUAAUGGAACUGAGCUCCUUUACUGAGGGAAAGUAAGAGGAAACAUCUUUCACCUUCCACCACACACACACCUCAGCUAAUGCUGAAGGGAAAGAUGGUUCUGUUGUGUUGCCAGGGUGUUUUUUGGUUUUUGUUUGUUUUCUAUUCUUAAACUUGGUACCAGAGGAACCAACAAAUACAGUAAUUGUCUGUGUGGACCUCUAUUCACCAGAAUUGGACUCAUUUUUUAACAUCGAGGCAUGGCGCCAUCCCACAGGCAAUGGCGUCCAGCCCCUAGCAACCCAAAUUGUAAUUAGCCUGUGAUGUGUAGAAAUUUUUUCUUAGAGAUUUUUUUUCUCUUAAUAUAAAGAGAAGAUAAAUAUAGAGAAUAUUUUAUUUAAUUUUAAAAUUCUCUUUGCAGAAAUGGUCAAAUAAAUUAUCAGGCAGUGGAGGGGGGCGGGGGACGGGGACGGAUGGGGUUGCUGGUCUUUGAUAUACAGAAAGCUUUAAUUUUCAUCUCACCUUUUAGCAAUUCUAUUAGAAUCCAAAAGUCACCAACUUUCCCUGAGGGGCGAAAAAUAUCUUUAUCAUGACUAAGGAGAAUCAAGGGUUGAAAGAAACCAUGAAGCCUUCCACCUAAGGGGCAGGAAUUUUUUACAUCUCUGACAGAUGGUUUCUCAACUCAGCUUGGAGCAUUCGACACAGUUUUGUGUUUUUCAUGCAAAGACUAACUGAGGAGAAAGCUGACAAUAGCUGAAGUGAUAAACCCCACUGUCUAUCAGUGAAGUAAGAAGGCUUUUCAAAGCUUUCAGGAGCUAAUAUAUACCAUUUAUCCUGCUUGUGUAUUGCAAUGAAACAUUUUUUUAAGACACUAUCUCUAUUUAAAAAAAAUGUUUCAUUCAUUUAACACAAUACUUAUCAUCUACUUAUCAUAUCUUUUCAAAUGAUGCUUCAUUCACUGAGUCUAAGAAACAAGGCUUUGAGAGCCUUGAGAGUAAUUAAAAUUACUUUUAAAAAAUGGUUCCAGGUAUAGACAUAAAGGAUCAAAUAGUAGGAACCCUGCUUGGGUCCUUAGAGUCUCAACUUGGUUCAAUCCAGAAAAAGGCUUUGGCUGCUGCUCAGGUCUGCCUACUGAAUAUCAACUGGGGGAUUUUCCUGGCAUCUUCCCUUGCAGACUUAAACAGCUGCACUGAGAAAUGAAUUCAGAGGCCCAUAGGUAUUAUAGGAGCAAGUAGCUAGCCAGGCAGGAUAAAAGAUGCUAUGGCUCCAUUCUCCUAUGCAAAAAAAAAAAAA